CCGGCGGUUAGGCAGUGAGUCGCGCUCCAGGCUGCGGCAUGUCGUUCCCCAGAGCACCGCUCAAACGCUUCAACGAUAGAGUGGGCUGUGCCCCUGCACCAGGCCAUUAUGAUAUUAAAGAGGUGGAGGGUUCCAAGGGUCCUGUAUCUUUUGAAAAAGCGCACAGAUUUAAAAAGCAAAAAGAUACAGGAAACCCUCAAGUAGUUGUUGAAACUGAGAAGGGUCUGAUAUCACCAAGUUCACGGAAGAAUCUCAAUUUUGGAGCAAACAAUGCCCAGAAGGAUGCUACUUCUGCUUUGGAGCUUAAAAAGCAGAAAAUGUUGGAGCAAGAGAUCCGUUGCCUGCUGCAACAGCGUGGAGAACAGGACAAAAGACUUCAGACCUUAGAAGAGGAGCUGAAGAAGAUCGAAAGUAAACUAACUGCAGUUAUGAGAGAAAAAACAUCGCUGACAUCAAAUAUUGCUUCCCUAGAAAGACAACUUGCUGAUCUCCACAAAGCCAAUGAGUUACUUAAAACAAAGUUUUCUGAUGAUUGUACUAAGAAGAAAAUUAAUGCUCUGUGCUUGGAAUUGAUUGAAGUAAAGAAUAAAACUGAUGCCAAGGACAAGGAGAUCAGCUAUCUUCAGAUUAGUUUGGAAGGUCAAGUGAAACUUCUGCAAGCUGAUUUGGAAGCUUCUAAGGCUGCAGCUGCAGCAUUGCAAGAAAGAAAUGAAUCACUGGAGGAGAUGCAUCAGGAAGCUAAAGCCCAUAACGAAAGCCUGGAGGUAGAAAUGGAUCGAUUUCAUGCUCUCACCGAGGAGCUGCGUGGAGAGAAUAAAGCCUUGCAUGGUUACUUGGAUAAUGCCAACGAACAAGUUCAGGAUCUCCAAAUGCAGUUAAGUUCCAAAGUGAGUGGCUAUGAGAGCAAAUUGGAGCAGCUGUCCAUAGAGACUGAGGACAGGUGCAAGGUCUCAAUAGUGAAGCAACAAGAGGCAGAAAGAAAUCUACUGGUCAUCCAGAGUCUUCUGAAAAAAUCGAAUGAAGAGAUUGCUGUGCUUCAGGGAAAACUGGCUGUAAUAGAGCAGGAGAAAGAUAAGUUGGAGAAAGAUAAAUUUGAAACUGAAACAAAGCUGUCCAUGUCUUUGGAGGAACUCAGUGAGCUAAAAGUGCAGCUUGAAAGGUCUAAAGAAGAGAUCAGUCAAUCAGAGGAUCAGCUUCUUCAGAAGGAAAAGGAACUACUAAAUCUCAAAAACUGUCUAAAACAGAAUGAGGAGUCUCAUUAUCAACAGAUAAAAGAAGUUAAUGAAAAAUAUCAACUACUUGAACAGGAGAAAGAAAGAGCAGAGGCAGAACGUAGCAGGAUGGAACAAAAUUCAACUAAAGAGUUGUCUGAAAUGAAGGAAAAAUUGAAUCAAAUGGAACAAGAUCUGCAGCAGAACCAAGAUGUGCUUUCCUCUGUCAGACAAGAAAAGGAUCUGUCUGAUUCUUUGCGACAGAAGCUUGAAGCCUUCCGGGAAGAAAUGACUAAGGAGAAGCUUCUGCUGGAGGAGGAACUGGAGGCUGCACUAGAUGAGCUUGAACAAUUGCAGCUGAAGGAAGUGGAGGCUGAGGAAUUGGCCAGACGUUUGGAGGAUGAGAACGAACUGCGAGCAAGAGAGCUUGCUAGGCUGCAGGAAGAGCUUGCUGAGAAAAAUGCUGAACUGGAGAAGAUUAAUGAAAAUCACAGUAAAAUUGUCAGUCAGUUGCAUGAGGAGCAGAGUAAAUCGCUAAGAAAGCUGGGAGAUACUGAAGCAGAAUUUGAAUGCUAUAAAUUAUCUGUUACAAAGGAGCUGGGGUGCCUCCAAGACAGCAACUCUACACUGACAAAGCAAGUUGCAGAGUUACUCAAUGAAGCCAAGGACAUGCAGCAGCAGUUAACAGAUGUUCAGCUUUCUAAAGAAAAAGCAAAAGAAGAGUAUGCAAGAAUGCUACUGGAAGUACAAACAAAGCUAGCUCAAAAGGAUGCUGAAGUUAGAAAGUUGGAUGAAGCUUGUAACCUGAGAGUAAUUGAACUUCUGGAACAAAACAAGGCAUGCCAGGAGGUGGAGAAACAGAGCACUGAUACUGUGGGUGAGGAUGUGGUAGCAGAACUAAAAGCUGAAAUACAAAAAUGGCAAGUGCUUUAUGAAGAAUUGCAUAACAAGGUCAAACCUUUCCAGGAGCAGCUUGACUCAUUUGAAAGGGAAAAGAAUUCCCUCCUCAAUGAACAUGGAGCUACACAGGAAGAGCUGAAUAAGCUGAAUGAAGCUUAUGCCAAAUUGCUUGGUCAUCAAAAUCAGAAACAGAAGAUUAAACAUGUAAUGAAGCUGAAGCAGGAAAAUGUGGAGCUGAAACAGGAGCUGGCAAAACUUCGAGCCCAGCUGUCCAAGGACAAGCUGACUGAGCAAAAGUGUCAAGAGCAACGUUGCAAGGCACAAGGUGUCAAACGGUUUGAUCCUGCCAAAGCUUUCAAACAUUCGGUGAAGGAGAAUAUUGCUCCUACAACACCACUGAGAGAAGGGAGCACGAAUAUUCUUUAAGCCAUGCAGUUCUGAUUCCAAGUCUCCAUACAUUUUUAGUGUGAUGAGAUUCUGGUAAUGUUACCCUGGAUCAAAUAGCUUAUAUUCACCAAGAAUGGGUUAAAGAGAAUACUCACAUCAUAACUCAAAGUAGAUCAUUGUAAACCAUUGAAAUUGUCUUGUUGCAGUGAUUUUUUAAAAAAUGUUAUCCUCCCCUGCCUUUUUAAAAUUCAAAUAUGGAUUUAUAAAUAAAUUGUUUAGAUUAUGUAAAUUAUUUUAUGGAUGUUUGUUUAACCUCAUGAACCUAUACAUUGGCAUUGAUUUGUAAAUAGUUCUGUUGGAUUUUCUGAUCAGGUGACAAUCAAUAUACAGAAGAACCAACAGUUCUGGUUUCUCAAACUCCUUAUGAAGAAAAAAGUAAUUUGCAAGCAGCUGGGUUGUUUGCAAAAGGAGCAGCAGAUAAAGAAAUCUAUUAUUGUAAUUGUACACUGUGGUUACUCUGCAAUAACCCCCAUGCCACCUCACAGAUCCACAUAAAAUAAGAUUUUUUUUUACAAAGGGUAACUUUCUUGCAAGUAACGUGUGAGAGACCAUUGUUGUUGUGUCGCUAAAGUCUUACCAGACCACCAUUAGAGAGAGGAGCGACUGGUGGUGAUUUAACCAAGGCCACCAGACCUCUGGUGAAGGAAGAGGUUGAGAAGGAGAGUCCUUCAUGGUAUCCUCAAACUGGAGAUGGGAAUUGACCCCACGCUGUUGGCAUCUCACUGCUCUGCAAACCAAUGAUCCUGCCAACUGAGCUAAACUGAUUCCCAGUGAGAGACUAGUCAUUGUGAAUUUUAGCAUCAUGCACAUUGAAUAUAUAUUCAACUUGUAAGGGAAAUAAAGAUUUGAAACUUUGUCAGAAUGAAGACCAUUACCUUAACAGACUUAAUUAAAACAAGGACCAUCAAUUGGACCCAUUGAUAACCGAAUCUCCAAAGAUCUGGGUAGUACUUGAAGUGACUGAACAUAAAACUUCAAGAGAUCUUGUUAGCAACAGUGCAAACUUAGCUUAUUAAUAAAAUAUUUAACUGUAGCAAAUAAUAAAUCUUUAAGUAGGAAGACACUGGUCCAUUGUUUUAAGUAUUUGCAGGAUCUUUAUUUGGGUAGCAUUCAAUAUUGCAAUAUAAUUGCCAGCUUAUUUUGUGAUGCAAGCAGUGAGGUUAAGAGACUUGAUGUGGUUCCCCAACACGCAGUCUGAAUUGUAAUUGAGUCACUCCAAAGGCUUCCCAAUUGUUUGGAAGUUGUCAAAGGGUGCAGACGAUGAUCCUGUUUUCAAUGCAACUAUUUUAAUAGCAGUUAGGAACUGAACUUGAGACUUGCAGUUGAAUAUUUGAAAAAAUUGUAUCUUUUGGUGUUUAACAUUGUAAAUAUGUAACGCUUUAAGUUACAACCUUGGAUAGUGAAUGGUCAGAAUGACACUGAUGUACAAAAAGAAUUGGAUGUGAAAAUAA